UCAUGUAAGCAUCUGGAGUCUGUGCUCAAUCUCAAUCCAAAUGAGCUUAAGUUAGUGAUCUGUGAGCCCAUUUCAUUCUAAUUAUCGAUUAUCAAUGGCUAUUCAAAUCCUGAACGGCGCCUCUCCAGAAGUUGCAACAACUACCGCAAUUUAUGCAUGGUGGAACAAUGUCGCAGCCUGUUUAAUUCUGAUUCCAUUGAUCUCGAUCUCAACAUUCAUUUUGCUUAAAGGAAAAACUAUUCUGAAGCAUAUGAAAUAUGCUAUUGGAAUCUACAAAUUACUGGAUGUUGCAUUCAGCGUUCUUUUUGUUCUGGCAUGUCCGAUAUUCGUCGCUGUUGAAACUUCCGAUGGUUUUGAAGGUUUAAUGAUUGUAAACGCUGGAGUUUCAAUGCCAGCUGUUCUGACCAUGACUCUUUUGAUGUUUUCGAUUGUUCUCCUAACACAGCAGAUUUUCUCAUCACCCACUAUUUAUUUCAUCAGAUACCUGCAAAUUUGUCGAAGAGGAGUUCAUCCUUCGCAUGCAGUAAUAAUUAUUAUCAUCAAUCUGUUUUUCCUCUCCCUCAGUUCGGGAGUUCUUUGUUAUUCUUCAUAUCCAGUAAUUGAUGACGUCAUCAAUCUGAGCGGAAUUGCUGUGUCCUAUGUUGGACAUGAAACUUCGUUCCUUGUUCUUUCAGUUGAUAAAACAGCUACUUCGAUAUCAGCAUACGUUUCCAGUAUCACGUACGUCUCGAUACUGCUAGUAGCCGUGGUGGCUAUGAUAUUUUUCUACUUUAAAAUCAACUCUAAAAUGAACUCAAAUCUUAACAUGAGUGAAAAUUUGAAGAAAAUGCAGAAGCAAGCAAAUCAGAUUUUGACUAUGCAGUUCAUAUUGACACUCAUCUUCAUUCAACUUCCAUUCUUCUAUUCGGUACUUGGUCCAUUGGCUGGACUUUCUCAGAAACUUGCCACAUAUCUUCUAUCAAUUCUUUUUGUUUGGGGUCCCGUUAUCAACACAGUCAGCAUAUUCGUCUUCAAGACAGAAGUUAGACAGAAAUUCUGCGGAUGUUCAAAAGAAGUUGAAACGACUGUGAUUAAUGUAGCCGACCGUUCGGCUAUGAAGCCUGAUAUGUAAACGUGAAUUCUGAUGGGUUUAUUUAUUGCUAUAUUGUAUUCUGUUUUAUUGUUUGAUGGAACAGUUUUCCAUCUGGGAAUAAACAUUUUUCAAAU